GGGGCGGCGCCUGCGCUGGGCCGCAGGGAGCAGCGGGGCUGCGGCGGAGGGCGGGCGAGCAGCGCCGCCACCACCACCUCCACAGCCAUGGCCGCGGCGAUGCGGCAGAGGUUCGACCGCUUCCUGCACGAGAAGAACUGUAUGACCGCCGUGCUCGAGCGCAUCGAGGCCAAGACCGGCGUCAGCCGCACCUACAUCGCCACCGGCAUCCUCGGCGCCGUGGCCGUGUACCUGGUAGUGGGAUACGGCGCAUCCCUGCUCUGCAACAUCAUCGGCUUCGGCUACCCCGCCUACGUGUCAAUCAAGGCCAUUGAAAGUCCCAACAAAGAUGAUGACACACAGUGGCUGACUUACUGGGUUGUGUAUGGCGUUUUCAGUAUAGCUGAAUUCUUCUCUGAUAUCUUUCUGUCCUGGUUCCCUUUCUACUACAUGAUGAAGUGUGGCUUCCUCCUGUGGUGCAUGGCUCCAAGUCCUUCCAAUGGAGCAGAAUUCCUCUACCAUCGGAUUAUCCGGCCUUUCUUCCUGAAGCACGAAGCUCGACUGGACAGUGUUGUUAAAGACCUGAAAGACAAGGCUGCAGAGACUGCAGACACCAUCACUAAAGAGGCCAAGAAAGCAACAGUGAACUUACUUGGUGAAGAAAAGAAGAGCACUUAAACUGGAUAAAGUUUCCCCACCGCCUCCUUUGUGAAGCUUGAUGUUACUGGGAACUGUGGUAUAAGUUUAAUAAUAUUGCCUUGGAAACAUUUUGAUAUAUUAAAGGAAUGUGUUGUAAGUUUACUUACUACUUUGCUGUGUCUGAUAGAGAGUAUGCAUUUUUAUUUAAAAGCAAUGCAGUGGGCAGCAUCUGAAGCUUAAUGAAAAUAUUUUCUUCAUCUUCAUGCAGAGGAAGUCUUUCAGUAAUCUCUUUCUGCAGUAACGUAAAUAAAAAGUAUAUAUUCCUCAGGCUCUGCACUUUAGUUGUCUCUUUGUCUAUGAAAUGACUCUUAACACUUUGACUGUGGUACAUCUGGUAGCACAAAGCUGUUUUAUAAGGAAAAUACUAAUCUGAAUGGAUCUUCUCAAAUAUACAGGGAAUUAUUGUUAGAGGUGGCAUAAUGGAUGUAUUUCCCACCAGUAAAGCUGUAAAUUAUGAAAUUACAUGUUCUAAGCACCUGAUUAUAGAAAUUAUUCACCACUGCAUGUUUUGUUGUAACACAGUAUUUGGCACAGUUGUGUGUGUUCUUCAAUGGAUAAAUACUAUAUAUAGGAAAGAAUAACUUCAUUGAAGUGAUCAAGCUUA